GAGCAUCCUCCAGGUCGUGGUCCACUCCCUCCUCGGUGGUGUGAAACACUCAAUCUCCAGCUAAACAAUGGCACCCAAGAAGGACGUUAAGAAGCCCGAGCCUCCAAAGAAGGCCGAGCCCGCACCUGCACCUGCAACUGCUGCAGAACCCGAGGCCAAACCCAAACCAGCAGCAGUCGAUCUGUCUUCCGUCAAGGUUGAGUUCACCCCAGACCAGCUGGAGGACUACAGGGAAGCCUUUGGCCUCUUCGACAGAGUCGGCGACAGCAAGAUCGCCUACAACCAGAUCGCCGAUAUCAUGCGCGCUCUGGGUCAAAACCCCACCAACAAGGAGGUGAACAGAAUCCUGGGCAACCCCACUGCUGAUGAGAUGGCCAAUAAGAGAGUGGAGUUCGAGGCUUUCCUGCCCAUGCUGCAGUUCAUUGUGAACAGCCCCAAUAAGGGUACCUUCGAGGACUACGUUGAAGGUCUGCGUGUCUUUGAUAAGGAGGGUAACGGCACAGUGAUGGGCGCUGAGCUGCGCAUUGUCCUCUCAACACUGGGUGAGAAAAUGUCAGAGAUUGAGGUCGACGCUCUCAUGGCCGGCCAGGAGGACGAGAACGGCUGCGUCAACUAUGAGGCUUUCGUGAAACACAUCAUGUCCGUGUAAGAGGUAACGGCUGUGAGGACGCUCGUCUAUUUCUCCAGACCCCAUGGUGUCAGGACGUCCAUGCACCGUGUCCACAACCAACGGGGAAACGAAUUUAGAUGAAAGGACUAUGGGAUGUCAUUUCUAAGCCAUUCUUUUCGUCAAUGUUUUUUUUUUUCCCCCUUCUUUGUGUGUCCACAUUUGGAAGCCUAUUUUUUUUUUCUUGUUUUUUGGGUUGCUCGUACUGGGCGAGUCUCUCCACAGUGGGGCAGUAACGAGGCAUAAAUCAGGGUGCUCUCUUUGACAGGGUAGCCCAGAUACACACGUACACACACACUCUCUCUCACACACACACGCACUCCUUGUCGUCCGAAGGUGCUAAUAUACACCGCCUCCACUGUGGACUGGUCGCUGAACCGCCCUCCUCUCCCCUUUGCCCCAGAGUCUUAAUUUAUUUUUCGCCUCUGUCAUUUCUCAUAAUAAACUUUUCACAAAUUCCA